GUCGACUCUUGACCUUCAAUUUCCUCCGUCUCUAAAUUUCCUUUUCUUUUGGCUCUCUCUGCGAUCGAGUUCGAAACCGUUCCCUAAUCGAAGAUCUAGAUUCAACAUACGUUUUAUCUCUCAGGUUUGCUUCUUCUUCGACUACGUUUUCUCCGCGAUUAUGAUGAUGCCUUCUUCUUCCUGCUUUCACUUUGGGUUGCGUUUCUUCAUCUCCUCGAUUCGCGAUCCUCCUAUUCGCAUCGAUACCCAGAGAUCUAGGGUUUCCACCGAUAUGGAUAUGGAUAAAUCUUAGGGUUUCACCGAUAAGGAUUAUGGAUUCGAGUUUCUCUUCUAUGUACAUUGUCGGAGCUACAUCUUCUCUUCUUGUUGUUAGUGUUAGGGUUUUGAAUAGGUUUUAGGUGAUGAAUUAUAGGUUUAGAGUUCUGAAUUAGAGAUUUAUUUGGUUUUUUCUGUGGACGUGGUGCUCUAUGAUACCUGGAUUGAAUUUGGGGUUACAGACAGAAGAAUGUGUUGCUUUUGAUUCUCUAGCGAUUGGGGAAUUCAGAAACUCCUUGCUUCUGGACUUGUUACCCUUGUGAAAAUUUAUGUAUGGGUCAUCAGUCAUCAUGGAUGAAGCAAACAGUUAUCGACUCUGUGGUUCAGUCUUCUAAAGUUGGUGUUUUCUCAAUGUUUAGUAUGGAUUACAAGGCGCCAAGGAAAUACUCACACGGAAGGAAUUUUGGAGUUGCGAGACAGCAAGAUUUUGCAGCAGAUAUAGUUACGAGAAGACCUUAUGCCCCGUAUGACAAUGGUAUGAAGAAAGGUCCUAAUAAGUUGUCAAGGAAUCUGGUUUGGACGUCAAAAGAGUACAAAUCACCAGAGGGAAACAGGCCAAGGCAGAAUGCAGCCAAUGGGUCAGCGAAACCACAAGUUAUAGGCACAGGACAUCGUGUAUCAAACCAGCCGAGGAAGAAUGCUGUGUAUGGGCCAAGGAGCUCUUCUCUUUCAGACACCAGAGGUUGUGGGCCGAGACUCAAUGGCAGUCCCAAAAAGAGUGUGUGUAAUUUUUGGAAAGAUGGAAACUGCAAAAAGGGCGAGAAAUGCCAGUUCUUACACUCUUGGUCUUGUUUUCCUGGACUGGCCAUGGUAGCUGCUCUUGAAGGACACAAGAAUGAUAUUAAGGGAAUCGCCCUUCCUCAGGGUUCAGAUAAACUCUUUUCAGUCAGUGGUGAUGGUACAUUGCUAAUUUGGGACUGCAAUUCUGGUCAGUGUGUUCGAUCCAUCAACCUCCAGGCAGAAGCAGGGUCUCUAAUUAGUGAAGGACCAUGGGUUUUCCUUGGCUUGCCAAACGCUGUAAAGGCUUUUAACGUUCAAAACAGUAAAGAUGUGCAUCUUGAAGGGGUGGUUGGUCAGGUGCAUGCAAUGACUGCUGCAAACGGAAUGCUUUUUGCUGGAACAAGUUCUGGUAGUAUAUUAGUCUGGAAAGCUACAGACUCGGAGUCUGAUCCAUUCAAAUACUUGACAUCUCUCGAGGGACAUCAUAGUGGUGAAGUCACUUGUUUUGUUGUUGGAGGUGAAGUGCUAUACUCUGGUUCUGUCGAUAAAACAAUAAAGGUGUGGGAUCUCAACACCUUGCAAUGUAGAAUGACCCUGAAGCAACAUAUCGGCACUGUCACUUCACUCUUAUGUUGGGACAAGUGUCUGAUAUCGUCUUCCUUGGAUGGGACCAUAAAACUUUGGGCUUGUUCUGAAAAUGAAAGUUUGAAAGUUGUUCAAACUCGCAAACAAGAACUGAGUGUUCAUACUCUCUGUGGAAUGCACGAUGCAGAGGCCAAACCGAUCAUGUUUUGCUCUUACCAAAAUGGAGCAGUUGGCAUUUUCGACCUACCAUCUUUUGAAGAAAGAGGAAAGAUGUUCUCUACGCAGACGAUCUGCACACUUACAAUUGGUCCUGGAGGAUUGUUAUUCAGUGGAGACAAGAGUGGGAACUUGCGUGUAUGGAGCUUAGCUUCUGGCACCAAAGUUUAGUCGUUUUAACAAUUUUCGACUAUUGAUUUUCAUUUAAUUUGUACAUAUACAUUGGUGGUUGAUUCUAAAUCCUUGCAUUAAUGUAAUAACUUUUAAUGUUGCCAAGAUAAAAGAAAGUAAUAUUUUCAUAUCCGUUCUCUCAUAGAA